ACUCGUAGUGCGCCAACGACUAGCGGCCGCGCCGCGCCCAGCGGGAGAACUACAUAUCCCGGCGUGCUCCGCACGCUGCUGCUCCACCCCGCCCUGCCCUGCUGUGAGGCACUGCUGUCGCGGGAGGGGCGGCGAGAUGACCAGGGUGCGGGCGGACGAGGAGGAGUACUGGCACAGCUCCAAGUUCCGGGCCUUCACGUUCGACGAUGAGGAUGACGAGCUCUCGCAGCUAAAGGAAUCCAAACGGGCAGUGAACAGCCUUCGGGAUAUUGUCGAUGAUGAUGAUGAUGACCUCGAGAGGGUCAGCUGGAGUGGAGAACCGGUGGGAAGUAUCUCCUGGUCAAUCAAAGAGACAGCCUCUGGCAGCACUAGCUCCCUGGAUGUCCGAGACUCCAGCCUUCAGAAAGGCUCUUCCUCCUAUGCUGCUCUUCCCAAACAAGCUUCUUCCUACUCCCUAAGCAGCCUGUUCAAAGGACGAAACAAACUCUCAAGUUUCCAGUCCCUUUCAGAUGCCCUCACUGACACGGGAGUUAAAAACUAUACCCCAGAGCUGCGCAGACCGAAAGCUGAGUACAAGGAUUACAGCGGUGACUGGAGCCCCAAAGAUACAGUCAGGCGAAUGCAGAGGGGCAAGGUCUGCUCUCUAGAAAGAUUUCGCUCCCUGCAGGACAAGCUGGUGCUCUUGGAUGAAGCUGUGGCAGGGCAUGAUGGGAAUGUCAUUACAGCUGUCCUGAUAUUCCUGAAACGGACGCUGAGGAGAGAGAUCUUGUUUCGGGAGCUGGAGGUGCGGCAGGUGGCCUUGUGCCAUCUGAUCCAUUUCCUCAGAGAGACGGGUGAGCAGAAGUUCCUUCUGGAUCUGCUCAGGUUCUUAGACAGGACUGAGGAAGUUGCUCUGUCUCAGUACCGGGAGCAUUUGAAUAUCCAGGAUGUAGAAAAAAGGAGGGAAUUUCUGAAAGGUUGCAUUGGGCUGCCAUUUUCAGCUGAGGAUACCUCCCACAUCCAAGACCAUUAUACCCUGUUGGAGCGACAGAUCAUCAUUGAGGCUAAUGAUCGGCACUUGGAGAUGGCUGGGCAGUCAGAGCUGUUUCGGAAAUAUCCUCGCAAGGCUUCAAUUCUCAACAUGCCACUAGUGACCACCCUCUUCUAUUCCUGUUUCUACCACUACACAGAGGCUGAGGGAAUGUUCAGCAGCCCCACCAACCUGAAGAAGACAUUUAAGAUUCCUGAUAAGCAGUAUGUGCUGACUGCCCUGGCAGCCCGUGCCAAGCUACGGGCCUGGGGUGAUGUGGAUGCCCUCCUCACCACCAAGAACUGGCUGGGUUACACCAAGAAGAAGGCACCUAUUGGCUUCCACCGGGUGGUGGAGAUCUUACAGAGGAACAAUGCUCCUGUGCAGGUGCUGCAGGAAUACGUGCGCCUGGUGGAAGAUGUGGAGACCCGGCUGAACCUCGCUACCAAAUACAAGUGCCAUGAUGUUGUCAUAGAGACCUAUCGUGAUCUAAAGGAUCGUAUCCAGCUGACAGCAUAUAAAUGCAAGGUGGAGCGGGGCUCUGCGGAAGAAGAGAAGAUAGACAGCAUUCUCAGCAACAUGCAAAUCCGGUGGAAGAACUGAACACCUGUGGAACAGCCUGUUUGGCCGUCACCUUGUCACUGAAAGAGGGAACUGCAGAACCCAGUCCAGUGCCAACAGAGCAGCUCUGUUACUACUCAUUGCAUGAUCAACGUUCGUCGGUGACAGUGGGUGCCCGUGCCCAGUGGGACCGUGGCGUUCAGGCUGGUUGAGGACAGCUACUAAACUGUAGCUGGCAAAACUAUGGUACCGAUCCAUCAGGGCUGAUUCUUUUUGGAAUCUGAUUGUAUUUGACCUGGCUGUCAGCCAGGCAUCACUUGUGUGUGUGGAGGGAAGUUGCUGGGCACAGCAAGAUGAAUGUUUGCUCUGGGUGGUGCCUGGGCUUGUUCUUGUAAGAGGAACAUAGUCACAUUUGUGAGUCUCUCCACCAGAGAGUGCUGACCAGUCCCUGUAACAGUCAAGCUGGCUUGGGCAUCACUAAUCAUGGCUGUGUCUGGAGUAAAACCUACCCUGGACCAUGUUCUCCCUGUGUGAAAGUGCUGGGAGGCAAAGGACCACUUGUUGGUUUUUUUUGGUGUGGUUUUUUUUUUUUUUUUUUUUUUGGUUUUUUUUUUUUUAAAUUCUGGCUCACUCUAGGAAAAUAAUGGUGUGAGCUCCUGCAGAAAGCCAGGACAGCAUCCUUUGCCAGUAUCUUCCUGCUAGCACUCUGCAGCAUUUGGAAGAUCCCUUUAUCAGGGAAAUACCUAGUGUAGAGGUGGUCAGAGUCCAUAUAGGUUGGAUGGAGAGCAAGCAGGAAGUUCUCUCAGUUGACACAAACCUGCUGGCCCCAGCAGCUCUUUUCUCAGAAAGUGUUAUGCCAGAAAGGAUUGAAAUGCACUUUUUCAGAAACACAACUCGUCAGGCAGCUGCUAGCUUCAUCCUUUCAGACCUCACUUCAAUUCUAUAAAUAAAGCUGUCUCUUUCUCCUUGGCCUGUUUCUUUCCUUUCCCUGCUAAGCACUUUGUCACUCUUGUGUGUUAAUCCUGAGCAAUUUAUCACCUCCCACAAAAGGAGUUGCAGGAUGUUUUUUAAUGUUCUGAAAAGCACAGUGCAUGUCACCAUGGAGUGACAUUGCUUGCAGCAGUACCUUAUUUAACAUCUUCAGUGCCAUCAGCACAGAUGAAUUAAUUUUAGAGUUUGUAGGAAAGUUUGCUGCCACAGAGGGUCACACAAACAUGAGGGUAGAUUUGGACUCCAGCUUCCCUGCUGCAAUAUGAACUGUCUUUUUUUUCUGUUGGCAUUUGGUUUUUUUUCUUAUGGAAUCAUUUGGGUUGGAAGGGACCUCUUGAUCAUCUUAGUCCACUCGUGCUUUAGCAGGAUCACAUGGAACAGGCAGACCAGGACUGUGGCUAUGUGGGUUUUCAGUAUCAUCACAGCUGGAAAUAACUCAGCUUCUCUGGGAAACCUGUUCUGAAUUUGGCAAGACUCACAGUAAAAGGUGAGUUUUGUGUCUUCAGAUGGACCAGCACAUUUCAGUUUGUUUCCAGUGCCCCUUGUCAUCACUGGGCACCACUGAAGAGAGUCUAGGUCCCUUUCUUCACUCCCUGUCAUCGCAUACUUGGACAAAUUGAUAAGACUACCCUUGAUCUAGGGCCAUUUUAGGUGAGGGAUGCUAAAAUUAAUAGUAACUAGUGUAAUACAGCUUGUAUUUUAUGUAGCUCAUACUAAUUGAGUAAACAGAUGUUGUCUGCAGGCUGCAUAUAAAGUCAUAUAACCCCAUAAACUCUUAGAUAAAACAAACAGGGAGAAUGGUGCUCCAGGGAGAUGUUUGGAAUAAAAUCCUCUUUCUAAAAAUCCCAGGGAAGAGACGAAAGAGGGUUUAUUAAAUAGCUUUUGAAAACUAGCCAGAUCCCAAGGCUCAGCUGUUUCAGCUAAAGACUUUAAAUCAGCCUGCAAGGACUGGGCCAAGCAGCUGAGUUCUUUGCAUAUUGAUUCCUUUGUGUCACUCUGCUGCUGCCCCUUGCUAUGUAAGAAUGGUGAUGGGCAGCCACCAAAGUCCCUCUGUGCAGGCAGACACUGCUACCAGUCUGGUAGCAGUGGUUUGUGUUUCACCUGCAUUUGGCAGAGCACAGGAAAUGUGUUCUGGUGCCUGGAGGUGUGCUGGUUCAGCAGCUGUGCUGUCUCUCUGAGCUUUUGAGUCCCUUUCACCUUGCUUAGUGCAAUAUCCCUGCAGAAGCAGAGCUUUACGUGCUUUUAUAACAGUGCUUAGCUGGUGGCCUGGGAGGACAUUGUGUUCCUCUGCUUCCUCCUGUCACACAUGCUGUCCAUCUGCUGUCAUUUGUCCUGUCACUGUGUACAGCCUUGACAUUCCAUCCCACCCCUCAAGAAAAAUGGACCGUGUCAUUUCAGAGCCUGGAACUGUCACCAAACUCAGGAAGAAAUUAAACUCUCUGACCCUAUCUUUGAGGUGGCAGUGAGUUCCAUUACUUCAUUCUGGCCAAGAUGUGCAGUGAAAAUCAUUCCAACUGCACAUCCUGUAUAAGACUUUUCACAUAUUUAUACAUUUAUCAAAAUCAAUUUUUGAGCAAACAAGCUUUAUGUCUUGGAUGGCCCUAUGUCAAUCUUUUUUUAUGCUGGCAGACUCAACACAUAACUCAUUCUUAACACACAAAAUAUUCAUAUACUGCAGUAAACUUAAACAAUUCCCUUAGAGUUAAAAGAACUCAAAGCAUCUGAGCAAACUCCACCAUAAAAGCUGCUAACUUAUUAACUUACAUGAGGCCCAAAAAAACUUCACAGUGCAACUUUCACCAUACAGUUUCACUACAGGAUUUACUGCACGACUAAAACCUGCAAUUUCUGGGUUUUACCACUGGAUGGAACUCGAACCCAUUGUUUCUACACAAGGGGACCCAAAACAUCGGAACAACCACGCUGUAAUUAGUGCAUUGCUGAGUGCGCUUGAAGCACCCCUGGUGCUCACCGUGCCAUCAUGGCAGAAUUGUUGUAUGACUCUAUAUGUAGCCUGUCAAGGACUACUCCUUACUCAAUUAGUAUGAGCUACAUAAAAUACAAGCUAUAUUAGACUUGUUACUAUUAAUUUUGAAAUCCCUCACCUAAAAUUGUCCUAGAUCAGAGGUUUCAAACCAAACAGAUCUGGUUGUCAGUGUGAUUCCUCCCAGCAGUGUGAGAUGAGAAUUUCUCUUCACAUCUCUUUGCACACUGGUAAUUGAUACUUGAUUUUUGUUCAUCCUGCAAGGAAAAUAAAAUUCCAUUAAUAGAUGGUGGUCAUUUUUUUAUACAGGCCUGAACGGCAUCAUGUGGCAGAAUCUGCCUCACCAGAAGGCACUGAAACUAAGCAAUGACCUCAGCUUUCUUGAAUGCUGCCUCAUCUGUGCAGAGCAAAAACCUUCCUGCCCAGCUUCUUUGUGUGUGAGAGUUUUGUCAGCAAAGAUUUUGCCUCUUCAAUUACUCAAGAGGAGAAAGACAGUUGAAUGCUGAGGUACUUCUUGUCACUGCUUUGCAACUUGCCUGGUCUCACAUAAAGCAUGGGCUGCCUUGUUGGGUUGGAAAGUGCUGAACUCCGUGUUGUCCUUAGGACCACACCUCUGCCCCAGGAAUUGCCUUAGGUGAUGUAUUAGCAACAGAAGACCUGGACUGAGUUAUUUUGUCCCUAGAUCCUACUUAUCAGGGUUGUCUGAAGCAACUGAUCAAGACUAGGGCAUUGGAUGCAAAAAAAAAAAAUUCCUAUUGGAAUAUCUAGAGAGGACAGUUCUUGGGGGUAAUGACCUUAUGACAGUUCAUGAACUGGGCUACUGAGGAUGUUAAGACAGGAAGACAGGAAGGCUGCUUGAGGGAAAGGAUUCCUGCUUUGCAGGACUAUUCUAGAGCCAUUAUGUAACAUUUUAUAUUCAAGUCUCUGAGUCUGAUGGUUUCUCAAAGACCCAAGAAGGAGUCUUGUAGUCAGACACUGAAGAAAACCACUGUUUCCUACAUUAUUAGCAAGCUGCUUUGGACAGUUGUUGCCAGUAAAUAUUUCCACUUGUUUUCCCUUCCCAGAACCUUCCCCUGGUUUGACCUGACAGCAGUGUCACUGAGAAAGUCUCUCUUUAGCCAGCUGCUACAAAAGAGAGAGCUUGCUAGUGCCAUCUGAUGCCUGGUGCUCUACUGUACCAGGCACCCUCUGGAGACUGUCCUACAAGGUAGUGUGGGCUGCUCAGCACCAAGACAUCUCUCACUUCAGUUGUAGUGGAGCCUAGCGUGAUACCAGAUGACAAGUCUCCAUUGUCCACAGCUGCUUCCAACAGUUUUUCAGAAAUUCCAGAGGAAAAUGCUGGGUAAGAUUCUAAAUCUUCACAAACCUUAAUGAAGCUCAUGAGGAAUGCUUUGCUGAGAUCUCAUCCCAGCCCUUUCAUGGGACUAAGCAGUGCAAGAACCAUCACUGUUAACUCUCAGACUCUAUUCCAGCCAAUAACAUUAUGCACACAUUUUCUUCUGUGAGUUUCAGUCUUUACACUGCUCAGCAAACGUGCUUAUCCCUGGUUGCCUGAGUUUUUUGUUUUGGGUUUUUUUUUUUUGUCUGAAUUUGCUUAUUACAUAGUUUUCUUGUUCAGUUUCACUGAACUGCUUCAGUUUCACUGUGUUUCUAUUGCAGCUUCAAUACAGAACUGAAUUACAAAACCAAAUUACAGUUAUUUUGUAGUGGCUGCAGCUUUGGUGUAAAAAACUAAACAGGAUCAGGCCCAGUCUUUUUUUAUUUUUUUUUUUUUUUAUUCCCCAUGAGGGAUCUUGAGAAAGCCAUUGAAUCCUGAGAACAUACUAAUGAUUUAUUCAGGAGUGCUCUGUUGAGCCAGGCCUUCAUCAGCACUUCUCCUUCCUUGCUGGUGAUAAUGCACCCCACCCUCACCACCACAGACUAUAUAUGUCCUUCAGGGGAAAAAGCAGGUAACGGGAUACUCUGUCCAAAUCCACCCAGGACAAAGCAAUUUUUAUUCCCUAAAUUCUCUAGUUCAGUAUUCUUUUGUACUUUCUGCCACCAUCUCUCAUGUAUUACAGUACUGUUUACCAUGAUAAAACACUGCCUGUCUGGUUUUGCCUCACAGGAAAUAAUUUCUGUGGCCAAGGAUUAGUUAUGCAUGUUGCACCUAGACCCCUUGCUUAAUUAUGAUUGCUGAGAGCAGCUGUCGCCACACCUGUACACCAGUUAUUGUAUAUGCCAUUUAUCUUACAUCUGGGUUUCAAAGCAAGCCCAGUCUGCAGACACUGAAGCCUGGGAGAAAUCUAUUCACUUGAGCAUCUGGGAAGUUCUUAUCAAUUACUUGUGCCUUAAAUAUGUCUAUGAUUGUUUUUCUGGUAUUUUUAAAUCAACUGUGAAGCAGAAGUGAAAGACAGACAAUGGUACAGCCUGAUCUACAACCCCCACUUCACUUAGUUCCUGUAAGCAAAUGAAGUAUUGUGGAAAAGAGAUCAUGUGGGAAUGGGUUUGUUGUAAUAAAAUGUCUAAGAGUUGCAGUGGCAGUGCAGUGCAGAAUUUUUUGUAAUUGUGAAAAGGUGGAACUGUACCUCCUUGAACAAUCUGCAAGGUAAUAAGGGUACAGUCUGCUGUGGCUGCUGGGCUUCUUACAAAGGCAAAAGUGUAGUAUGAGUCUAAUUCUGCCUCUGCAUGUCCUGUGAUGCAGGGAGAGCAUCCACUCCCACCAUGGUCUGGGAUCCUUGCCAAGAAGGAGCUGUAGUAUAGGGCUCCAGUCCUGCUUUUUGGAUAAAUUGUGAGAAAGUGAGGGCAUCUGCUUUCUCUCCUGUUGGUGCCUUUCUCUCUAGGAAGAGACCCAUAUUGUCUCUGUAUGGGAGGACAAUGGAUCUGCUGAAGAGAGGCUCCUCAAUCCCCAGCAGCUCUCGCACAUGUCGUGAAAUUUCCUGAAAUACAAGAUGAAACACCAGAAAUUCUCAUUUCUUUAACCAAUACAAUAGGGCAACAGCUAAAAUUAUCCAUUCCAUGUCAGAGCAGCAGAAAAAAGAAGUGAUAUUCUGAAUUUUGGUACAGUUUCAUGCUUGAAAUUGCAACAUAAGGGAGAUCUGAGUCCGUAAGCUCCAUGUGGCACUGUUAAAGCAGUGCAUAUCACCUUCUCUCCAGAUUUACUAUCAGGGAUGGCAUCACAUCUGGUUUCUUAGUGGCAUAAAUAUAGCUCUGCUUUCAUCCUUGCACUUCAAGGACAAACAAGUUACAGAUAAAUGAACUGUGGUCUCUUCUGCUUAAUGCAAAAUCAUUGCUGUUUGUUAAAUUAUAAUGCAAAUUACAAUCUAUGCAAAAUUGUAAAAAAUAAUUGUGAAAAAUCAAAUUGUUCAUUUAGAAAAUGAGUGUAUGGUUGUCUGAGAUGGCUGGACCUGGAACUGUGAGUGAGCAGAACCUUACCAUUGUUUUUGAAGCAACUUCUGAGAAUUUAACUAUCUAAUUUGAGUGAAGCUUCAAAAUACAAUUUGCAAGGUUUUACUGAACUUUCACAGUAUUUGCUCAAAACCCUCCCCCAACUUUAGCUUGACUCUGAAUACUUUUUGUGAUAACAAAAGAACACCAGACUCUUAUCUUGAGUGCUUUUGAUAUUUAAAAUACCAGUACAGUGGGAUUAAAACCAGCGGUAAUGUCCGUGCUGCAUAGCCUCCACAUAAUUAGCUGUGUGGUUCUCUACCAAACUGCCAUUUCCCCUAAACAGCAAACAGUUUCCAUCUCACUGAGCUGAUGCUAUCACUCUUAUUUCUAUAGUAACUGUAUCAGUUUCAACUGCUCACAGCCUUUUGUUUGUAUUUCUUGUUGGGAAAUUGCGGUUUUAACUUUUCACCUGCCCUAGUAGACACUUCCUGAAAGCCCCAAAGGGCCCCAUCCUGCAGAGCUCUGCAUGCUUGGAUUCUGCAGAAUAAAGUUCUUUAAAACACAAAUAACUGGCAGGAUAGCGCAUGACCUUUGAGAGCGUCUAGGUUCCACUGAAGUCUGUGAGCUGUUCCCAAUUUACCUGCAAGCUUUGGAAAACUCUACUGAGACAGUCUCACUUCCAAGCUUGUGGCAGGGUCCUGGCUGUCUAUUGCUUAUCUGGAGGAAUUUCAGUUCCAGCAAGAGGAAGAAUGGGUCACAGUUGAUAUGUCUAACCCAUGGCCUAGUAUUACUCAGCAGCGGAACUAACACACUACAUCAUCCCUAUAUCCCAAUACAAGGGUGAGGCUAACAAAGCAUAUAAAAUUCUUCCACUUUUGGAAAGCACAAAUGUCCGCAGUCUCUAUCUGCUUGUGCCAGAAAUAUUCAUGAAAGUUUGAUGUCUGAAAAACUUAGAGUUAAAUUGAUGCCUUUCUGUCAAAACAACAGGCAAAGUCAUGGCACUAGUUAAUGUUUUUGGUGGCAUAUUUCGUUUCAAACAAACCGUUAAGAUUGUGCAUCCGGACAGAAAUGUGGUGAAAUUGCAUUUUGGUAUUGUAGAAUAAAAUAAACAGUGUUGAUACUCUA